AUGGAUAGGCCAAAAGACAUUACUAUCCGGAGAGUUGACGAGCUUCCUGAAAUGUACAGGGGAGUGUUCCCAUUUGAAACCUUUAACGCGAUCCAAAGCUCAGUCUUUGAUCAAGUCAUGAAAUCAGACAAAAAUAUUAUGUUAAGCGCUCCCACAGGCUGUGGAAAGACAGUAGUAGCCGAGUUAGCAAUGAUCAGUGCUGUGAUGAAGUAUAAUUACCCUACAUUAAUGCUUUACGUAUCGCCAUUACGCGCUCUUUGCCAAGAGAAGGUCCGUGAUUGGACAGAACGCCUUAACAAGUGUGGAAUAGCUGUUCAAGAAUACACUGGUGACUCCAAUAACCAAAUGCCUACGAAUUUACAAACUCAUCUCCUUCUUUGCACUACACCAGAGAAGAUAGACCUUGCAACUAGGAACUGGAAGCAAAGAUCAGAUAUCUUCAUGCAUGUGUCCGUCGUAAUCAUUGAUGAAGUCCAUACAAUAGGAGAUUCCCGCGGUGCCGUCCUCGAAGCCAUGAUUACUCGUCUCCUCCUCAUAAGCGACAACAGCCAGAGCUUAGGAGGCAUUCCAAUUCGAGUAGUUGCUCUUUCUGCCACUGUUCCAAACUAUCAAGAUAUCGCAAAGUGGAUCAAAGCAGAAGACCCUGAGAAAACGAGGUUUGAUGACUCGUUCCGUUCAACUCCGAUCACGAGUCAUGUCUUUGGAUACAGAUCUUGUGUCAAUGAUUGGAUGUUCGAGAGUUCUUUGACAUCGAAGAUCUCCGCCAUCAUCAGACAGUAUUCACAAGGCAAACCCACUCUAAUUUUCUGCUGCACGAGGAAGAGUUGCGAGAAAACCGCAAAUCAGCUGUUAAUCGACAUCCCGAACUUGCAUGGAACAAAAGCAAAUGUCCAUGAUAAGACUCUUGCCGAUUUACUCUCCAGAGGAAUCGGUUUCCACACUGCAGGAUUAAGUAGUGAUGAUCGUGAAAUUGUCGAAGAUUUAUUCAUCAGAGGAGAGAUCACCAUUUUAUGUGCGACAUCAACAUUGGCACAAGGAAUCAAUCUCCCUGCUGCUUUAGUCAUCAUCAAAGGAACGAAACAUUAUUCCGAUGGAUAUCUGAAUGACUACGAUCACGCCCAACUCUUGCAGAUGAUGGGAAGAGCAGGACGUCCACAGUUCCAUGAUAAAGGAAUCUGCGUAAUCAUGACAGAAACGAAAUGUAUCAAAGAAUUUGAGUCUAUCGUCAAUAAUUCGAGACCUGUUGAGAGCUGUUUGUUGUCUGCAUUGACUGAACAUAUCAAUGCUGAAAUUGCUCUCGAAACGAUCAAGAACAUUGACGAUGCAAUCAAAUGGAUCAAGACAACGUUUUUGUACACAAGAUUACCGCAAAACCCAUUAUACUAUAAGGUAAAGAACCUUUUAGGUGUCGAAGAUUUCCUCAUGAAACACUGUAACGAAGCAAUUGGAAAUCUUGAGAAAUGGGGAUUCAUCAAUGUCGAAGAUGGCUGCUAUUUCAUACAACCAACAGGCGCAUUGUGUAGUAAAUACGGUCUACAAGUUGGAACAAUGCGUCUUUACUCCGAAUCAUUUCCAAUAUUAAAUUUGGAAACAGCUUUGAAUGUAUUGUGCAAAGCUGAGGAGUUCAAUGACAUAGUCGUCAGACAAGAAGACCGCCAGAAAAUGAGAUUGAUGGCUGCUGAUUCAUCGUUAAGAUUCCCAUCAGUUUCCAUUGAUGAUCCUUCAUUCUUUACAUCUCAAAACAAAUGUUUCCUUAUGAUCCAAAUUGCCCUUUCAAAGGGUAAAAUCGAAGAUUGGUCACUUGCGCAAGAAUACAACAAAAUCAAGAGAACAGCUGAUAGAAUGCUCAUGGCAUUAUAUCUUUUAGCUGUUGAAAAGAAGGAAUUAAAGUCUUCUUUCUUUUCUUUGCUUUUGAUGAAAUGUAUUUUUGCAGGAAUGUGGGAAACAGAGAAACAAAGAUUGACACAACAAGUGAAAGGUAUCGGAGAAGUCAAUGCAAAGAAACUUUUCUCUGCUGGUUUGACAGAUUUCGAUAAACUUCGUGAUUCUCAUGUCAGAUUUAUCGAAAGAGCAACAAAUCACAGACCAGGAUGGGGAACAACCAUUGCAGAAUCAAUCAGUCGCCUUCCUUUCUAUUCCAUUGAAGUGUUAAGUUCUCCAGAGAAAAUCCAAGUCAUCGUGACAAAUCAAUCAUCAAAAGAUCCGACAUUUGGACACCAUGGCGUUGAAAUUCUUGUUGGCAUGGACAAUUACUUGUUGACGAGAAAGCAUUACAGAGUAACUGCGCAUCAAACAAUGUCAAUGUUCUGCAACAUUGGAAUUUUGAAUCCAAAUGACAUCGAAGUUUACGUUGUCGAUCGAGAAAUUGUCGGUGUUGAUCUAAUCCAGAAGGGAUUAAUCAAAAAACAACAACCGACAAUAACUGAUAUCUUGCAGAAGACAUCGAUUGUUCCGCCAACAUCACAAACAAGAGUUGUAGAUAUCCCGGAUCAGUCCGAAAUUGUUGUUUGGCAGAUGAAAGCAAACAAAGCCAUUGAAACAAUUUCUACAACUGAAGGUGAAGCAAGAAAUGAAGGAAUGAUGUCGGUCCAAGAAAGUAAGAAUGAAGAAAUGAACGAACCAUCGCCUCCUGUUCAAACUUCUUUCAUCAGCUCUGAUGAUGAGCAUUGGGAGAGAUUUCAAUUUGAUGACUUAUAA